AUAUACUAUGUCCAUUUGCAUCAUUGUGCUAUUUAUUAUCUAUUAGAGUGCUGGACAAACUGGAUGGACUGUGACAACCCAACGGGAACUGGAGACUCGGAGACUAUCAGUAACCUGAAGAACUAUUUCCCCAAGGACAUGUGCCCCAACCCCACCGCCAUCGAGGUGGCAACUGUGGAUGGCAUCAGCCUGGCGGAUGCAGGCAAUGUGUUUUAUGCGAACGAUCACAUCACUGGCCUCAUCUGUAAGAACGCAGAUCAGAAGAAAUGCUUCUGCCGGGACUACAAAGUCCGUUUUGUCUGCUACCCUCCAUUCUGUGGCAACCAAAAACCAUUGUGCUGGACAAAGUGGUAUGAUCGUGACAAUCCCUCCGCUACUGGUGACUGGGAGCUGCUGAAGAACCUGCGGAAGGAGAACCCUAAUGAGAUCUGUGCCAAUCCGAUCGCCAUUGAGAGCCAGACUGUGGACAAAGACACUCCCGCCAGCGUGACUGGCCAAGACUUCCUCCAGUAA